UGGCAGACGCACACCACUUCGACGCUCCUCCGACCCGCCAGAACGAUGGAAAACACCGCCGAGCCCGCGCCGACGGCCGCCGAGUCCUCUGCGCUGCACUCCAACAUCAAGACCAAGGGCACCAACAGCUACUACUACGCGCACAAGAAGCGCGAGAACGUGGAGAUCCACGAGUGGGACGGCAAGGCGGCGCCGCGGCUGCUCAAGACGCAGUCGCUGACGGCCGCUGCGCCCGCGGAGGUGACGAUGACCAUCACCAACUACGCGUGGGCCGACGGCAAGAAGCGCGUGUCCGUGUACCUGACGCUGCCGGGCAUCGGCGCGCAGAGCGAGGAGGACACGCACAUCGACUGGACGGCCACGAGCCUCACGGUCAAGAUCAAGAACUACGAGGGCAAGACGCGCCUGCUGUCGGUGCCCAAGCUCUACGACGAGAUCUCGGACGUCAAGACCAAGCGCAAGGAGGACCAGCUCGUGCUGCAGCUCGUCAAGGCCAAGGAGUUCAGCUGGCACUCGCUCAAGAAGGACGCGUAGACGUCAUCUGCCGUCUCCGCCCCGUGAGAGAGCACAACAUGUAAUUAGAACAGACAAGAAAUGGCGUCGUACGCUACGGGCGGCACAGAAUCUGGAACACGGUACUCGUUUUUAUCU